UGAUGUGAUUAUAUACUUAAUUGCCAUUUUGAUCUUCAUCUACUUGCUGCUUGAGGCUUAGAAGAAGCCAAAAGUCAGUCAACUAUUGCCCAGAGCUUUCUACAACAACGGAAACAUCAUCAUCAUCCUCAAUAUCUUUCGACAAACCAACGAAAAUCCAAAGCCACAAACCCAAACCAAGAUGAGGCAUUUCAUUCUCUUUGCGCUGCUCCUGACGCUGGCCAACUGUGAGCCGCAGUCGCCACAUGGUGGAAAGCAGCGUCCUCUCGUCUAUGGCAAUUGGCCGCCAAAGAGCGCCAAGCAGUUGUCCCGUCCUGCGGCUGGAGGUAUAGGAGGCGUCCCUGGAAAGCAGCGCACACUCGUCGUACAGAUACGCAGCGAUCAACCCGUGCCACUGGUGCUCAAGGGUCGUCCAGGUCACCAGCACACACAUGCGACUCAUCAGCAUUUGGGCCACGCCCAUGCCGUGCAUCCACAUGUCUUGCAGCACCCCCAUUCGCACGCCCACCUACAUGGUCAUCCUCACCUCCUGCACGUGCCACAGCAUCAGCAUCAGCAUCUUCGCGGACCUCGACCCAUCAAGCUAAGUGCCCCCGUCUACCUGAAGCCCGCCAGCGCAGUGCGCAAGCCCCUCAAGAUCAAGCUGAAUAACUCGAAGCCUAAGGCGAAGCCGACCUUCGGGUAUGACAAGCCCUUCAAGUUUGAGAAACCCACGGCUGUGUCCUACAGCGAGCUGCAGAAUUUGCCGCUGGACACGCACAACAACUUCAACACUGAGCACUUUGCACCCAUUUACACGAUACCCGCACCGAAUCUGGCCGGGCACGACAAUCACUUGGAGCUGGACGAUGGAGGCCAUUUUGCCACCGCUUACCUUCCCCCACAGCACACUUCCCAGUCCCCGCCCCCCUCCGCGCGCCCACAGACAUACUUGGCACCGGGUUACAAUGUGCAUGAGGAUGAGACAAAUGACCAAACCAUCCGCGAUCCCAUUUCGGGCUCGCAGAAACUCUUUGCCCCAGAUCCAGAUCCCUCGCUGCCCACCUCAAAGAUUCGCCCCGCCACCGAGAGCUUCAAUACGCCGAGCAACAACAAGCCUCUGCCAUCAGACGUCCAGAGUAAUCAUCUUCCCGCCCAGCCACUGGUGCAGAUUGUGGGCGCCCAGGCAGCCGCCCAAACGGCUCCGGAGAUCUAUCCUAUCCAGUACGCCCAGCAGACCCAGCAGUUGCAACCCUUCCUAGCCGCUUCCAUUUCCGCCGCCCACAUUCCCCUCUACAAUCCCACCUAUCUGGUGACCCAGUCGAAUCAGCUGUACACGCAGCACAAGCAACAGCUCUUCAAGCCCAGCUCAGAGCAUGUGCUCGAGACUGGCUAUGUGAACGCGGAUCUGACCCAAGAGGUGGCGAGCAAUGGACAGAUACUGCAGGCAGCCAAGGAUCCGCAUCACAACAUUCACCCCGUGCUGGACUCGGCGCCGCAAUACGCAGCUCUGAUUGCUGCCCCGGUUCUGGGUGAGCCCGUCGAAAGUGCCUACGAGACGGCUUCCUUCCAUUUGCCUAAUGUGGCCUCGGCGGUGGAUUCCACGGCUCCGGAGGGAGGCUUUGUGGUGUCCAACUACUACGGCCAUGCGCACGAUUCCUCGCAAUUGCUGCAGGCCUAUGCAGAGGAGGAGGCCCGCCGUCAGCAGUUGGAGACCGAGCACGCAGCCCUGGAGCUGCAAAAGCAGCAGCAAUAUCACCUCGAUGAGCUCAAGGCCCAAGCGCUGGAGCAGCAGCAACAACAGCAAUUUCAUCUAGAGGAACUGAGGGCCCAUGCUCAGCGGCAGCAGGAACAACAGCAGCAGCAACAGCAGCAUCUAGAGGAACUCAGAGCACAGGCUCAAGCCCAGCAACAGCAACACCAGCAUCUGGAGGAGCUGAGGGCACAGGCUCAUGCUCAGCAUCAGCAGCAGUUGCAGUUCGAAGAGCUGAAGGCCCAGGCCGAGGAGCAGCAUUCGCAACAUCAACAGCAGCAGCAACAGUUGCAGUUGUUGCAACUGCAGCAGCAACAUCAGCAACUCCAACAGCCUGCCCAACAUCACCCGCAGCCCGCCCAGGAUCCUGCUGCAACAGCCUUCGAGGAGCAUCAGCGACUAGUGCAGCAACAGCUGGGCAGCAACACGCCACUGCGCAUCUUUGUGCCAGACGAGGAUGCCGCGUCGGAAUCGCGCCUGCAAAAACGAUCGGAUGAUCUGAAGAAAGGCACGGUGGAGGAUGUGCAGAAUCUGGGAUCGACCGACAGCGAGGCAGAGUCAGCCAAAGAUUUAUUUGAGGUCUCCACCUCCGUAGAAGUUGCCGGCGAGCAUCACAAUGCCAGCAGUACAUAGUUAUUUUUUAUUGUUAUGGCAUAGUCUUCGACGCUGUUCAAAUAUUUAUUCUACACACUCAUUUGUAUAAAUGCAUUCAUAU